AUGACAGAACGAAGAACUCAUUCCAAUCAACAUUUUAUGCUCAUUAUAUUACAGGUUUUGUUUACCAGUGAUGAUUCAGGCCAACUUUGGAAUUCAUGUGUCUGGGAUUUCUCAACAGGAACAGGUUUGAUGCAGUAUAGGGGUGGAAGUUCUGGUGCUCACAGUUUAAGUUUAUUGGGAAACGAUUAUUUAAUUGGUGGAGGAGGUCAGAAAUCAGUAGUUAAUGUGUGGGAAUUACAGAGAAAGGAUCAGAACCAGAUAAAAAUCAUAUUACCUGGUAAAGUAAAUUGUUUAUGUCCUUCACCUGAUGGUAAUUAUUGUAUUGUUGGUAUAGCUGAAAAAAUUUAUAUUUGGCAGACAAGUAGUGGUAAUUUAUUGAAAGUUAUCAGCAGACAUUAUUUAGAUGUAACUUGUAUUAGAUUUACUGAUGAUGGUAGCCAUUUUAUCACAGCAGGAGAUGAUAAUUUAGUGAUAGCUUGGUGUCUUCCUAGAACAAUCUCAUCCACUGAUUUUCCCCUCUCUAAACCUGAACCUAAAUAUGUAUGGACAGGUCAUUCCUUACCAGUGAAAGAUGUCUAUGUUGGUAGUGGUGGUGUAAGAUCCAGAGUUAUUUCCUCUUCAUUAGAUCAAACAUGUAAAUUAUGGGAUAUGACAACAGGAGAAUUAUUAUGUACAUUUAUAUUUGAUGAUCCUAUCAUGUCAGUUUAUAUGGAUUCAGCUGAAUUUAGAAUAUUUGCAGGCUCUAAUACAGGUCACAUAUAUUGUGUUAAUUUAUAUGGGGCUAAAUUGCAAAAAGAAAGACAUAUAACCAAUAAAUCAGAUGAUGAAGGAAUUUCCAUUUACAAGGGUCACAGUUCCAAGAUCAAUUGUUUAAGUAUGAGUAUGGAUGGAAGUAUAUUAGCAUCUGGUUCCGCUGAUUGUACAGUGAAAUUAUGGGAUGUAUACAGUGGUCAAUGUAUUAGAACAUUAGAUCAUAAAGGCUCUGUCACAAAUGCUUUCAUCACAUCAACUCCUAGUAAUAUACUGAACCCUGACAGUAAACCUUUUCUAGUGGUGCAACAUUUCAAACGUCAUUUACAUUCUACGCAACAACAGUUGGAGGGAGAUAACUCAAAUCAGACAGACUUAAUACACAUGAAAAUAAGAGGAUGCAAAAGGAAAUCAGAGAGAACAUCUAACACUGAUAUAAAUAAUUUGAUUCAGUCAAAUGUUUCAGUUGUAAAUCAGUCUGAUGUUGAUGUUAUAGAAGCUCAUGAAGAAUUAAACAAAUUAAAAAGUAAAAUUUCAAAGUUAAAAAAUGUAAAUAAAGAGCUAUAUGAUUAUGCUGUAACAAAUAUUGUAAAUAAAGUUUAG